CUAUACACAUAUACACGAGCGCAAUGUACGUCUGCUUACGUGGCAAAAAUUGAUUGGCAAAAUGACUGCAUUCUACGUGGCAAGUAGCAACCGAAACAAAUUUUACAACUAACGCCCAUCCCAAUAUUAACCCUCGCUCUCAACUUAACGUUGUUUCCCAAAUUCCUAGUCAUCUUCCUCCUCUGCCUUCUUCUUCAUCUUCUCCGUUCUGUUAUUUGGCAAAGCAAUGAAUUUUGCAACUCGGAAACUCAUCUUCGCUCUCCUGAUUGUCUCUCUCUACCCUCUCUCUCUCUUCGCUCGGCCGUAUGUUCUCGUCCUCUCUCAAGACGACCUCUUAAACACCCCCAACUCGCCCGACGACUCACCGCCCGUCGACUCGACUCAAAAUGACUCGCCCGAGUGGGAUGAGUUUGGCGACUCCGGCUCCCCACAGUCCGAGGAGGAGCUCGACCCGGGCUCCUGGCGCCCCAUCUUCGAGCCCGACCCCUUUAGGCCCGACCUGGCCAACAACCCGGACGAACGCUAUUACUCCACCGUAUCCAAAUUAAUCAAGUCCGUCAGCUCCGGCGCUGUAGCUACGGGCCAGAUGAGGAAGCAGAACAAAGCCAAGGCCUUCACGUACCACUACUUCGCUUCCGAGGGUGGUAACAUGCAGUCGAAGAUGGCUCUCGCUUAUACUUACUUUAGGCAAGAUAUGUUUGAUAAAGCAGUGAAGCUUUACUCGGAAUUAGCCGAGGCAGCAGUGAAUAGCUUCCUAAUUUCGAAGGACUCGCCGGUGAUCGAGCCAGUGAGGAUCCACAAUGGAGCUGAGGAGAACAAGGAGGCAUUGAGGAAGAGCAGAGGCGAAGAAGAUGAGGACUUUCAGAUUUUGGAGUACCAAGCUCAGAAGGGAAACUCUGCGGCAAUGUAUAAGAUUGGACUCUUUUACUAUUUUGGGCUGAGAGGGUUGAGGCGCGACCAUGCCAAGGCGUUGUCGUGGUUUUUGAAAGCGUUGGAGAAGGGAGAGCCUCGGGCGAUGGAGCUGCUUGGGGAGAUUUAUGCUAGAGGAGCUGGGGUUGAGAGGAAUUACACCAAGGCUCUGGAGUGGCUUACACUCGCAGCCAAACAGGAGCUUUAUUCAGCCUAUAACGGGAUGGGCUAUUUGUAUGUUAAAGGAUAUGGGGUGGAGAAGAAGAACUACACCAAAGCAAAAGAGUAUUUUGAGAAGGCUGCUGAUAAUGAAGACGCAGGGGGGCACUAUAACCUAGGAGUAAUGUAUCUCAAAGGGAUUGGGGUAAAGAGAGAUGUGAAACUUGCAUGUAAAUACUUUAUAGUGGCUGCUAAUGCUGGUCAACCCAAGGCAUUCUACCAGCUGGGAAAGAUGUUUCAUACUGGAGUUGGGCUUAAGAAAAAUCUUCCCAGGGCCACUGUAUUGUACAAACUAGUUGCAGAAAGGGGACCGUGGAACUCCUUGUCCAGAUGGGCACUAGAAUCAUACUUAAAAGGGGACAUGGGCAAGGCAUUCUUCUUGUAUUCAAGGAUGGCUGAGUUAGGCUAUGAGGUAGCGCAAAGUAAUGCUGCAUGGAUUCUUGACAAAUAUGGAGAACGUAGCAUGUGCAUAGGAGAAUCCGGCUUCUGCACGGAUGCAGAAAGGCAUCAGCGUGCUCAUUCAUUGUGGUGGCAAGCAUCUGAGCAGGGUAAUGAACAUGCUGCUUUGCUGAUUGGGGAUGCAUAUUACUAUGGUCAGGGUACUGAGAGAGAUUAUGAACGUGCGGCAGAGGCUUACAAGCAUGCCAAGUCCCAGUCUAAUGCACAAGCCAUGUUCAACCUUGGUUACAUGCAUGAGCAUGGACAAGGGCUGCCUUUGGAUCUUCAUCUCGCGAAGCGUUACUAUGAUCAAGCCCUAGAGAUUGAUCCGGCAGCAAAGUUGCCUGUCACAUUAGCCCUUACAAGCUUAUGGAUACGAAAAAAUUAUGCCGAUGGUUUCCUGGUCCAUGUGAUCGAUUCAUUGCCUGAAGUUUAUCCCAAGGUGGAACAAUGGGUAGAUAAUGUGCUUCUAGAGGAAGGAAAUGCGACAAUAUUGACUCUUUUUGUUUGUCUCCUCACUGUCCUAUAUCUUCGUGAGCGACAACGCAGGCAUGCUGUUGCUGCCCCUGGUGGGAUGGCUGUGCCACACCACCCGAAUGAGCAUGUUGCACCAGCACCCUUAUAGUUUUGUUGGCAAUGGUGGUCUUCAGGAACUACAAGGCUCUUUUUGCCGUUCCAUCUGUUAAGAACAAAUAUUUUCCUCUAGAAUGCUUAUGUACAGGUAUCUGAUGCUCAAAUUAUUUGGAAAAAAAGCUUUUGUUUGGGACAAAUUGUACCAUAGACAUAGAGAGAUUUGCGGAAGUAGAAAAUAACAGUGCUUUUGCCUCACAUAUAGAAAACCUUGUAUCGCUUCUAAAUUUCAGUUAAAGAGGUAUGACUCUUUCUCCGCGUUGCCCUGCAGCAGGCUAGAAUUCAGUA